AUGGCGACCCUUCCCUCCUUCGUCUCCUUCUCUUCUUCUCUUCCUCUACUUCCUCUGCGCCCUCCUCCUCUUUCUCCUCUUAUCUUCUCCACCUCUAACCUCAACCCUAGAAGAUUCUCAGGCCUAGUUCUCGCUUCUUCCUCCGCUUCUCCUUUUGACGAUCUCAGCUCCAGAAGCAGCUCGCGCCCAAUUCAAUCCUCCAAAUCCAAGAAAUCAGUUCUCUCGGAUUUGAUACAAGAGAUAGAACCCUUGAACGUGAGCCUUAUUCAGAAAGAUGUUCCACCUACUACCGUGGAUGCCAUGAAAAGGACAAUUUCGGGCAUGUUGGGAUUACUUCCAUCUGAUCAAUUUCAAGUUCUUAUUGAGGCCUUAUGGGAACCUCUAUCUAAGUUGUUGGUUUCUUCAAUGAUGACUGGGUAUACCUUAAGGAAUGCUGAAUAUAGGCUUUGCCUAGAACGGAAUUUUGAUAUGUGUGACAAAAAACUUGAAAAACAAACACCAGAAAAUUCUGAGGUUGAUUUGCAAGGGAUGUUGCUUGAAAGUGCAAACAUAAUCAAAUUUCCUUCAAAAGAUGAGUUUUCAUCCAAAGAUGGAGAGGUUACUGAAGACUCAUUGGAGAAUAUUGAUAUUCAAGGUCUUGGUGAAGUGUCUCCUGAGGCUCUACAAUACAUUCUUCAUGUGCAGGCUCAUUUAUCUUCUGUCAAAAAGGAACUCCAUGAUGUCAAGAGAAAAAGUGCUGCUCUUCAAAUGCAACAGUUUGUUGGAGAAGAAAAGAAUGAUUUGCUGGACUAUUUGAGAUCACUACAGCCAGAAAAGGUAGCUGAGUUAUCAGAACCAACAUCACCUGAACUGAAAGAAAUAAUCCACUCUGUUAUCCACGGUCUACUUGCAACCCUUUCACCGAAGAUGCAUUCUAAGGCACCUCCUUUAUCUGAUAAUGCCUCAACUGGAGUAUUAAAUGUUGGGAGUGAAGAUUGUGCUGAGCUUGUUGAGAACACUUCACUUCAGUUUCAGCCACUUAUUUCAUUAACGCGGGACUACCUAGCACGUCUCCUCUUCUGGUGCAUGCUUCUAGGACACUACCUCAAAGGUCUUGAGUAUCGGAUGGAGCUGACAGAACUUUUGUCCCUGACUAACGAUGCUGAAAGUGAUACCCUUGAUGGCAACCAAAUUGCAUAA